AGGUAGUGAUCAUAAUCCCAUUUGGCACCUUGAGUGGUGAGUAACUUGAACGAGUGCUGCAGAGGUUUUAACCCCAAACACAGGAAAGCAAGAGGACCGAGAGACAAGAAGAAGGAGAAGGGAGACGUUUCACCUUUGUGAGAAUCAGUUUGCAGGAUGGGGAAUACUAAGAGCAGUGCUUUGUCGAAGGAGCUCCUGGAAGAUCUGAAAUCCAACACGAAAUACUCAGAGGCCGAGCUUUGCACUUGGUACCAGUCCUUCCUGAAGGAGUGUCCCAGUGGGAAGAUCACCAAGGAGCAGUUUGAAGGCAUCUACGCCAGCUUCUUCCCAAACGCAGACCCCACAGAGUAUGCGCGGCAUGUAUUCAGGAGCUUUGACACCAACGCAGAUGGCACUUUGGACUUUAAGGAGUACAUUGUUGCUCUGCACCUCACGUCCGGGGGAAAGACUCUGCAGAAACUGGAGUGGGCCUUUGCCCUGUACGACGUAGACGGGAAUGGAACCAUCAGCAACAACGAAAUCCUUGAGAUUGUUAGGUCAAUAUUCAACAUGAUUCCUGCUGAUGACCAGAAGAACCUGCCCGAGGAUGAAAACACACCGGAGAAGAGGGCUGAAAAGAUCUGGCAAUUCUUCGGGAAGAAGGAAAACGAUAAAAUCUCAGAGGGAGAAUUCAUUCAGGGUGUGAUGGACAACAAGGACAUCCUGCGAUUGAUACAAUAUGAUGAGCCUCAGAAAAUUAAAGACAAGCUGAAAGAGAAGAAGCAAUAAAAAGAGGCAGAAAAAGCCCCCCU